GAACCGGUACUUUCAACUUUUUGAACUUUCACAUGACACCACAACAAGAAAAAAUUCAAAGAAAAUAUUGUUCCUUCAGUACUAUGCUAAUGAAAAUCAGGAGAAUAUCAGUUUCUUUUAAAUUGAUUGAUUAUCUUCUCUGAUCGGAUAAAAUUCAUGAGACAAGGACACUAACAUUUUUGAAUAUUUUGUUUAUAGAAAUAAUAACAGUUCAUAAUGGCCAAGAAAGUAUCUCCAGUAGAAAAUAAGAGGAAUUUUUAUUAUGUAUUUGGUAUCGUUAUUGUAGUAACAUUUGUAACGAGAUUUCAUAAAAUAACUGAACCAGAUCAUGUUUGUUGGGAUGAAACCCAUUUUGGUAAAAUGGGUAGCUGGUACAUAAAUCGAACAUUCUUUUUCGAUGUUCACCCACCGGUUGGGAAGAUGCUCAUAGGACUUUCUGGUUACUUAACAGGUUACGAUGGCAAAUUUGCAUUUGAUAAGCCUGGAGAUAAAUAUGACAACACUAGUUAUAUUGGUAUGCGAGUUUUUUGUGCUUCUUUGGGAGCUUCAGUUGUACCUAUGAGCUUCUUAAUUGUACAUGAAAUGACAAAUUCUUUAACUUCCGCAUUGUUUUCAUCUCUACUGGUUAUAUUUGAUGUUGGAUUAAUUACCCUUUCCCAAUAUAUAUUACUUGAUCCCAUUCUCUUAUUCUUCAUGGUGGGUUCUCUUCUUGGAGCCGUGAAAGUAAUGUCGAAGAAUAUCGAGGAAUUUUCAUUUCAAUGGUGGUCUUGGUUAUUUUUUACAGGAACCAUGUUGGCAUGCUGUAUAUCUGUCAAAUUUGUUGGUCUUUUUGUUGUUAUUCUUAUUGGAUUGAUGACCAUCAUUGAUUUAUGGAACAUAUUGGGUGAUCUCAGGAGGCCUGUUAUAGAUACCAUUAAGCAUUUCAUUGCUAGAGCCAUUCUCCUGAUUGUUUGGCCAACUGUUCUUUAUGCCAUAUUUUUUUAUAUCCAUCUAAAAAUUCUGAAUCAAAGUGGAAGUGGUGAUGGCUUCUACAGUUCGGCUUUCCAAUCUCAACUCAUAGGUAAUAGCCUGCAUAAUGCCAGCAUGCCUAGACAUGUGGCUUAUGGUGCAGUUAUCACUUUGAAAAAUCAUAAGACAGGAGGGGGUUAUCUACAUUCUCAUUAUCAUUUAUACCCUGAAGGGGUGGGAGCAAGACAACAGCAGAUAACAACUUACACUCAUAAGGAUGAUAAUAAUAAAUGGGUUAUAAAAAAGUAUAACUCAGAGAUCAACGACGUAGAGAUAGUUCGAAGCGGUGACCUCAUACGAUUGGAACAUUUGGCGACUAGACGUAAUCUUCAUUCUCAUAAAGAACAUGCGCCCAUUACGAAAAAACAUUAUCAAGUAACCGGAUACGGAGAAAAUGGUACAGGUGAUGUAAAUGAUGUAUGGAGGGUGACCAUCCUUAAUGGAAGAGAGGGCGAAGAACUUAAAACUGUAACUAGCAGGAUCAAGUUCGUUCACUAUUUGCAAUCUUGUGUGCUUACAACUAGUGGUAAACAGUUGCCUAAGUGGGGUUAUGAGCAGCAAGAAGUGUCAUGCAAUCCAAAUUUGAGAGAUUCAAAUGGAGUGUGGAAUGUCGAGGAGAAUAUUUUCGGGAAAUUGGAAAAUGUAAGUUUUGAAGUAUAUGCUCCUAGUUUCUUUGAGCGGUUUCUGGAGUCUCAUGCUGUUAUGUUGCAAGGUAAUGCAGGAUUGAAACCAAAAGAAGGAGAAAUAACUUCUAGACCAUGGCAAUGGCCAAUAAAUUACAGAGGACAAUUUUUUUCUGGCGCUAGUUAUAGAAUAUACCUGCUAGGUAAUCCCAUUAUAUGGUGGAGUAAUCUCAUAUUUCUUUUCACAUUCGUUGUGAUAUUCAUUGCCAAUGCCAUCAAAUCUCAAAGGGGUUAUAUUGGAAAGUUCACAGGUAGGUCAAUUCAUACAAAUAAUGUGACAUGUUCAACAAAAUUACUUUCAGAUGAACACAGCUUGAAACUGAGAGCAUGUGCUUGGCUCUUCGUGGGAUGGUUGUUACAUUAUGUACCGUUUUGGGCAAUGGGGAGAGUUCUAUACUUUCAUCAUUAUUUCCCAGCAGUUAUUUUCAGUUCUCUCAUAUCAGGUAUCAUUAUUGAUUACCUUUUAGAAGAUAUUCCCAAAUUAUUUCCUGCAUCAGUGACGAACACUGUAUAUCACACCGUUUUGGGUAUUAUUUUAUCAUCCAUUCUCUACAGUUUUUAUCUGUUUGCUCCUCUGGCUUACGGAAUGAAUGGACCUACGUCAGGUGAAGCAAAUUCAACCAUGUUUGGUCUGAAAUGGAUGGACAGUUGGGAAUUUUGAAGAAUAAUUUUUUUAAUGUUACAUUAUUUAUUUAUUUGUAUUUAUUGAGAUCUGUAUUGAUAUAUUUAUAUGUUUAUUUUCAACAAUGGUGCGUUUCUUAUUAGGUUUUGACUUAUCUGUUUUUGUCUAUUUUGUUGGUAUAUAAAAGUGGUGAUUCACACUAAAUAAUU